UCCUAGGUGACGAGGAAACAGAAAUCAGGGCGCCUCAGUGGCUGCCCUGUUCCUUCUUCCUUUGGCCCAACUUCUGUGGGUUUAAAGGGGAGCCUGGGGACCCGCUCAGGCCCACCACGCAGUUUAAUUAUGACGUCUCAACAGGAGGAAAAGCCCUGCCCUCUUGUAGAUAUAUAUGAUGAAGAUGAAGCUGACCGAGUCUUUCUUCUAUCAAAACCUACCUGUUUCGUCAUCCUUGGAAAACCAGGUGUUGGAAAGAAAACACUAGCUAAAAAACUGGCCCAAUUUUGGAAGUGCACACUCAUAAAUGCUUUAGAACUGAUAGAUGAAAACAUAACAGCAGAAACAGAAUACGGACUCCAGUGUAAAGAAUUGCUGUAUCAGGGUCAAAGUGUUCCUGAAGAAUUGCUUAUAAAGAUGCUGCUGAAUAAACUUGAAUCUCCAGAGAUUGUGCACUUUGGUUAUGUUCUAUGUGAUUUCCCUAGUCUUUCUGAGGACUUCCUAAGUAUACCCGAGCAGAUAGAGAUAAUUAGAAAUUUAAAACUGAAACCAGAUUUCUUGAUAAAUAUUAAGUGCCCUGAUAACGAUUUGUGCAAAAGAAUAUCUGGACAAAGACAACACCCUGAAACAGGACAAAUAUUCCAAAGAGAAGAGUGGGAUCCUGAAAUUAUUGAAAAACGUAGAAAAAAGAAGAAGGAACCUCAUAAAACUGGGGAAGAGGAAGAAGAGGAGGAGGAGGAGGAGGAAGAAGGAGAGGAAGAGGAAACAAAUCAGGCAAUUAUGGAUAAAGUCAUGUUGGCAGAAAUUUUGCCAUAUUUAGUGCAGAGACCAGAAGAUUUUUUGGAAAAUGUGCAAGAGAGAGUUACUCUCUAUAAGGAUAUUAUGCUACAUCCUCUGGAGGAGUUAAUGGCUGAGCAGGAUUCCCAAUAUCUUUUUGAACUUGAUGGAAAUAAGACUGCAGAAGAACUUUAUACAUCAGUAAUACUCCGCCUUCAAUCCAUGGGGCAACGAAAUGGAGCACUUCUCACCAAGCUGCAAAGUGAGGAGGAAGAAAUGUUGGAUGGAAUGGAGAACGAUGAACUUUUUCGGGUGCUUGCAGCCUAUAAACUUGUAGCUCCAAGAUACAGAUGGCGCCGCAGCAAAUGGGGACGGGCAUGCCCUGUGGCUUUAAAAGAUGGCGAAAUUGUCAUGGGAUCACCAGAUUUUGCUAUUAGCUUUUUAGGUAAGAUGUACCUUUUGUCAACUGAAGAAGCACAGAAAAAGUUUAUGCUCAAUCCCCGACCCUACCUAAUGCCACCUAUGCCACUCCCACCUUGUAAAGUUCUAGUAGUUGGACCGCCAUUAUCUGGCAAAUCAACUCUGUGUGAUGUGAUUGCAAACUAUUAUCAGGGAAAGGUUCUUGACAUGGAUGUCCUUCUACAAACACACUAUGAAAAUGCAAGAAUAGAACUCAUUGAGCAAACUCGUAUUGAAGCAACAGAGGCAGGCAUUGCUAAAGUGAAAGAAAAACGGGAACUAGAGCGGAUAUUACAGGAACAAGCUUUGCUAGCUGCUGAAGAAGCUGCUGAAAAGGACCAAGAUGAAUAUGAAGAAAGCAAUCCUACUGAUGAAAGAACUUCAGUGCAGCCUAGUAUUUCAAUGUCUGCUAGCCAGAAAGCAAGUUCUACCAUAAAAGAAGAAGAUGAAAUCGAAGAGAUGUCCUCAUCCCAGACUGCAAUUCAAACAGAUUCAUCAACUCAUCAAACAGAAUCAGAUAUACCUCCUGAACAUCCAGAGGUUCAAGCGUUUGUACAGCAAGCUAUAGAUGCUGCCAUGAUAUCUCCAAUAUUGCUGCCACCAGAAGCAUAUACUGAAGUAUUGGAAGAAGCCCUUUCAGCGCUUUCUGAAACAAAUAAGGACAGAUAUCCUGGAUCUGCAGCUAAAGGAGGAUGGGUAAUGGAUAAUUUUCCUCCCCUGUCAGAGCAUUGGGCAGCUUUGUCAGAAAACGGACUUCUACCUGAUAUUGUGAUUUGUUUAAAAAAUGCUGAACAAAAUGGAAGGCUAUUACUUACUCGAUUGUACCAAGCAAAUAAAGAAGAAAUUGAUGCAAAUAUUAUAAAAAGACUAGUAGAAGAAGCUUUAAAGAAGAAACAAGAGGAGGAAGAAACCAAAAGAGAACUACAAGAAAUGUUGAGAUUGCAAGCAGAAGAAUUUGCUGAAGAUAGAGAAUCCAUAGAUCUCCAAGAGCAACCAUCUGGGUCGCAGUCUAAAAUCCAGGAUGAGAGUGAACCAGAUCAAACAGUACAAGUGACUGAGUCUGAUCACUCUAAAACCGAAGAAAAGGAAUCAGAACCAUUGGAAGAUCAGCUUGAAGAACAAAUAUCUACGGAUUUGAAAGAGCAUGGGGAGUCUGGUGAAACUGAAUCAAUAGAACACCUUGAAAGUGAUGAAAAGUCUGAGUCACUGACUUUAAAACCGAAAAGCAUUGCAUCUGAACUAGGAGUCAAACUUCCUGAAUAUCCUGAAGAUGGUUUCCCAGAUGUGCCAGAAAUGGAUCCACUUAAAAAGAAGCUCAUUCAGUUUGUGCAAAAUUGGCACAAAAUUGAGGCAGCAGCUGGAGAGACAGUCUUGGUUCAGACUGUUGAAUUAGAAAUUGAAGGGCAAACUCCAGAGAUGCUACUUGAACAGAGCACUUUAGCUAUGGAAAGACCUUUCAAGUAUCAAGGCUGGGAAUUAUGUCCUGAAGAUGAGGAUGAAGAACAAGAAGAUUUACAAGCUGAAGCAGAUGCAUUGGCAGAGGAGGAGGAAGAGGAGGAGGAGGAUGAAGAGGAGGAUGAGGAUGAAGAAGAGGAAGAAGAUGAAGAAAAAAUGGCAAUGAGAAAGAGACAUGUGGGUGAUACAAAGCACUUUUGUCCAGUGGUUCUGAAGGAAAACUUUAUCCUAUAUCCAGGACUUCCUGAAAAUGCAGCUAAAUAUCGAGAAAAGUACUAUUAUUUUGCAACUCCAGAAAACAGAGAUAAGUUUUUGGAAAAACCUGAAGAAUAUGUGUCUUGCAAUGAACCACUGAAAGCUCCCCCUAUACGGAUAUUACUUUUAGGGUCACAUGGAUCGGGAAAAACGGUCUGUGCUCGUUGGUUAGCAGACAAGCUAGGCAUUUUUCACAUUCAAUUUGAAGAACGGUUACAGGAAUUGAUCAUGCUCAAAAUAGGACACAGAGUUGGACCAGAAGAUGAAGACGAAGAUGAAGAUGAGGAAGAGAUCUCACCUACAAUGCAGGAAACAGUAGGGUCUGCUCCAGCAGGUCCUGGGAGCGCAACUGAAGUUGAGAGUGAAGAAGACAGUAAACGAAUCCAAGAGCUAAAAGAAAUGCAGUUAACGGAUGAGGAAGAAGCAAUCAAGGCAAACAUAAUUGAGAGUGAGCCCAUGCCAAUGGAGGUUCUUGACAACAUUGUUCUUGAAUGGUGGAUGAAAGAGCCAUUUCGAUCUACAGGGUUUAUACUGGAUGGUUUCCCCCGAACUGGAGAUGAGACCCAAUACUUAGCAGAGCGAAUGCUUUGUCCUGAUGUUGCAGUCUUUCUUGAAGCUGAUGAAGAUGAUGUUAUUGACCGACUUCUUCCCAUAAGGGUGCAAAAAUGGCAUGAGAAACAAAAUAGGAAAAUGGAGAAGAAGCAGCAAUUGAAAGAACUGAAGGAAAAAAUCAGAAGUGAACAAAUUGCCAAAAGAAGAGCAGAGCUUGUUGCAGAAGCAAAGAAGAAAGCAGCGUAUGGUCUGGCUAGACGUCAAGAUGAGUUCCUAGAUGAUGAAGAUGAAGAUGAGGAAGAAGAAGAUGAUAUUGAAGCUGUUCUGGAAGAAGAAUUCCCAAAAGAAGAGGAUGAGGUUGAAGAUGAGGAAGAAGAACAAGAAAGUGAUGCCAUUGACCGUAUAAAAGCUGAAAUUGCAGAGAAAUAUGAAACUGAUAUUUCUAAUAUACAAACUGUACAGGAGGAACUUGACAAAUUAUUGAUACCUCAAAUAACUCUUAGUUGUAAGCGUAAACCACAUAUUGUGUGCUACCAGUUGUAUAAAAAGCUAAAGAACCUAGUGGAAAAUCGCGAAAGCAUUUUUGAGAAAUGCUAUCCAUUAAGUCAUUCACUUGCACGCAAGAUGAUAGGUCUCUCCUAUAAACAUCCAAGCAAUUUUGGUCAGUGGGAUCCAAUCAAGCUAAGUGAAGGAGAUGCUAUCAAGCCUUACCAACAUCAGGAUAUGCCAAGCUUCCCUGUUCUCCAUCGCAACUGUGUUUAUUUUUUUACAAGCAAAGAAAACAGAGAUACAUUUAUCAAAAAUCCCAUCAAAUAUCUUCGUCAGCCUAAACCGAAACCUACCGUGCCAGUGAAGAUUGCAAUUGUGGGGCCUCCAAAAGCUGGAAAGACAACAGUUGCCAAAAAAUUUGCAAGUGCCUAUGGAUUACUGCGCCUUUCCAUGGGAGAUGCUCUCCGCUGGGUGUUAAACAAUCAGCCAGAGACUGAACUGGCCCUUGUACUGAAGUGGCACCUUCAUAAAGGAUUGACUGCGCCUGAUGAACUCGCCAUCAGGGCUCUUGAUACUGUAUUGAUGGAUACUGUGUGUAACACCACAGGAUUUGUUAUUGAUGGAUACCCUGUAACACAAAAGCAAGUCAAUCUCUUGGAAGAAAUUAAAAUAAUUCCUGUAAAAAUCUUUGAGUUACAAAUUGAUGUGAAGGAGGUUUUCAGAAGAGCGCUAUUGGAUAAACAAAAUUCUGAAAGUUUACCCUAUCCGAUGCACAACAGCUCCCACAUCCUUUCUGUCAAGCAUUCCUGUUACAAAGCACAAAUUGAAGAGAUCAGAUCGUACUAUGAGGUACAGCACCAGAACUGGUAUGUAAUUGAUGCAUCCCACAGCAAAUGGUGGAUUUGGGACAAAGUGCUUCAGGAAACACAAGCAGUCACUAAACAAAUUCAGACAUAUCUAGAAAGAAUACGACAAGGAAAGGCAGCUAGCAUUGCUGAUCUGUGUAUCAUGCCACACGAACUGCUGUCUCGAUUGGGGGAGUUUGGGCAGUACUGCCCUGUCACCCUUGCAGAACUGGGAGAACUUGUGGAUUGUUCUGAAUCUCCAUCUCUGCAGUUUGCAGCAGAAUUUCGAGGACAGUACUACAAAAUGGCUGGACAGGAAGAACUGAAUAAAUUCCUGAAUAAUCCAGAACGAUAUGUUCCCCCACUGGCACCUUAUGCUCUUCCUCUCCCAAGUAAACUACCCAAGAAGCUGACAGCAGCAGAUGUGAAGGCUUUAUUCCCUAUGCAAGCUGAAAUGCAAGGAUACUGUCCAGUCACUUAUCUGGAUGGGAAGCAAAGAUAUGAAGCUCUUGUACCUGGAGACAUUGAAUAUGCUGUACUUUAUCGGAAGAAAUUAUAUAUAUGUGAAAGUGAUGAAAAGCGUGAGAAAUUUAUGAGAUUACCAGAAAAAUAUUGGAAUCAGACCCUUCCAACCAAACUUCCCCCCAAAAAGGAGCCAGUACCUCUGACAGCUCUUCCUCUGAUGGGAUAUCUUGAACAGGGUGUGGCAACUGCUUUGAUAAAAGCAAUGAAUGAAGUAGGAUGUUUAAAGCCAAAAUUUCCAUUUAUAAGUGUGAAAAAGACUGCUCUGCUGUUUAUCGCCUAUCAUUUGAAAGCAUAUAAUCCCAGAAGUUCUGAUUAUAUACGAAAGAAGUACAAGAGAAAGUUGGAACGGUUCAUAGAUCAUUGUGAACUUAUCCCAUAUCUGGGAAUAAAAAUGACAAAGAAAUACAAGGAGCCUCAAAAUCGACCUAUUGACUUUGAUCACAAAUUGCAGACCUUUUUAUCUCUCAAAGAUGUAGACCCAGCAUCCCAAUUGUUUUGAAGACUGCAUGGUGGAAAAUUGUAUAAGAUAGACACAUCUGAAAAGUUCAUUCUCAGUAGGCUGGCUUCAUAUUUGUUUAUCCUGCCUUAUACAUGAUUGUAGACCCAAGUAAUGUUGUUAACACUUCCUAAACCAUAACACUGUCCUGUAGCAUUUUAAUAUGAUUUUUUUGUAAAAUACAAU